CCACACAUACUACGCCAUGUUUCUUUUAAAACCUUUCAUCUUCGCUUGUUACAUCCAUCAACAUCAGUUUGGUUUUUUUGUUUUUCACGUGACUCUAGUUGCGGAAAAAGGUCUUUUCAUUGCAGUUUUGCAUGGUAUACUAUUUGUGCUAUGCCCGAAAAACCACCUCUUGCCAGCGCAAAAACUUUUCAUUGAAAAACGAGUUUUGGCAAAAUUGUCAUUUGUCCAUUAGGUAAACUUUUAUGUGCAAAUUAUUUUUGCGCAAUUUGAGGGUCAGUGGAAAAGCGACUAAUGAGUGCCAUAUAAAGGGUUAACUCCUUAUUGAACAAUAAAAAACAGCUCAUGCAAGCAGAACAACAUUUCUGCAAAAUUGUGAUUUUUUCUAAACUUUUUGUACUUCAUAAACUUUCAAUGUGAAAUUCCAGAACAUGACUAAAAUACAAUUAUGUAGAUGCACUUAUAGAGCCUAAGGCAUUUUAACAACACAGAGGAGGGAAAUGUAAUCACCCACUUCAACCAAAAUGGAUGCGAUGAUGUAUAGAAAAGAUAACCCUUAGUGUAUAGUGCAGUGCAUAUUACUCCUGACAGGAAAAAACAACAGUGGUUAUAAAAGACAUAACCAGAUGGAACAGGCAGUAAAUGGAGAGGGGACUGCAGAGAAAAGGCAGCAUAAUGUUUGGAGUUCUGCUGCUGACAAUGAAAACUGAUUUGUACAUUAGAGUGAAAUUAAUGUUCAUUAUUCUCAGUCUGUUUUUUUUUUUUUUUUUCAUUUGAUUUGUAGUUGAAAUGGUUUAAUACUCUGUACAUUAUAACAAUAUUAUGCGAGUUUCAGUUUGAUGUAAAUGUCUUGUAAAGGCCAACUUUAGACGUUCAUACUCUGAGGACAUUUCAGAGAUAAUAAAGAAGCACUUCUAUAGUCAUCAGCACUUUACUUUCACCACGGGGUGUUUUCACACAAUUAUCUGAACUUCUGCCGGAGUUAAAAAGAAGGACGUUUUCUAGCUCUGCUCAAACCAAAGAUGACAUGUUUUAUGAUGAAUUUAAUGACUGCAGUUCAUUUCUGUACAUCUUUCCACACGUUUGCAUACUGUUAGUUUGUGUUGUAAUGUGCAGUGUAUCCACAUCAGAAGGCUGUAAGACAUGAAGAGAUUUGCUGUGGCUGUACACACACUAUGGAUGGAUUUUCCAGUGGGACUGUACACAUUAUGUCAGGGGUCAGUGACUGUAAAACAGGCAUUUGAUCUUGUGUCAGUGGCUGCAAUUACUUCCAAAUGCUUUGACAUGAAAUGCAGAAAAAUCUGGUAAAUGUAAACAUGAAGAAUGCUGUGCUAGAUUAUGAUCUAAGACCACAGUAAUCACAGUAAUCUCUUUUUAUUAAUAUACUCAAAGGAAGUCUGGAAUAUAAUUUGCCAUUUGUAAUGGAUAAUAUAGCAGGCGAAGAUUUAAAGAAGGGGAGGAGCGAUGGGGUUUGGACGAACGGUGGAGAAGAGUUCAUGUGAAACAGACAAACACUGAUCUGCAAUGGGAUCCUAUUGUUUCUGUGAGAAUCCAGAGAAGGAAUCCUUGAAUGGAAGUGGAACCACAUCAUUAGUGCCGGCAGGAAAAUGUACAGAUUUUUCUUUCUCGCCCAGGGAGCCCCAAAUGCAACAAGAUUAUGAAGAUUUGAUAUAUCGGCUGGGAGGCGAAACCCAGUGGCUACAUAUCAAAAGCCAGGAUUAGUUGCCUUUUCAUUUCAUCUCGUCUGGUCUGGCCUCGACCAUGAGGCUAGAGCGUGGACGGCGGGCUUCUCUGGCACUUACCCUCAAUUUUGUGGCGUUUGCCUUUGCCUUAUCAGCAGUGACCACCAGCUACUGGUGCGAAGGUACCAGGAAGGUGGCCAAACCCUUCUGCACAGGACCGCCCGUCAAGGUGAAACAGUGGUUCUGCAUCCGCUUCAACAGCUCCAACAUUAAUGACAGCCGGCUGGUCCAGUACAUCUUUGAGACCGGGGAGGAGAAGUUUCUGCUGAGGAAGUUUCAUACGGGGAUAUUCUUCUCCUGUGAGCAGGCAGCGGACAUGAACGGGUUUGACUGUCGAGACUUCUCAGAGAUCGCUCCUGAGCAUGAAAGAGGAGUCCUGUGGUUGUGUAUCGUGGCAGAGACGCUGUACCUCACACUGCUGUUCAUGGGCGGGGCUCUGAUGACCCUCGAACAGUGUCCCUGCUUCAGCAUCAUGAACAAACUGAAGCUCAGUGCCUUUGCUGCUUUGUGCACUGCCCUUUCAGGCCUUUGUGGGAUGGUGGCCCACAUGAUGUUCACCACCAUUUUCCAGCUGGCAGUUGCCAUGGGACCAGAAGACUGGAGGCCCAAGACCUGGGACUACAGCUGGUCUUAUAUCCUGGCAUGGGGUUCUUUCGGGACAUGUAUGGGCUCUGCAGUGACGGCUCUCAACAGAUACACCAAGACCAUCAUAGAGUUUAAAUACAAGCGGCGAAAUAUUGAAAAGAGCCUGAUGAUCAAGCAGAAGAUGCUGGACCUCCCUGAGCCCAUGUGGGACAUGUACCUGACUGCAGUGCCCGCUGACGCUGAGGCCCCCUUAGAACUGCCAGCGAACGGGCACAAACCCCCCACGGGGACCACGUAUGUAGUGGAAAUGGACGAUGUACCAGAACAACAAGGAGAAGCGUACUGCUGAAUGUGGAUCGCCGUCCUCCCCACCCCUGUGACCCACUGGAACAGUUUCGGGCGGAUUUCCACAGCCCAGAUUGACUCAUGUUCGUGGAUUUAAAUGUCUAAUACAGUCAAAUAUUUUGUUUUGUUCCUCGCCACACAUGAAUGUGGAGAUAAUGUGACACGGCUUUGACACUACAUGCAUUUAAUCAAAUCUUUAUGUGCAAUGUGAUUUGUGGGAGGAAGGGGGCUGUCCUGUUUCAUGCCUCUUCCACUGUAAAUCUGUUUUAAGGACAGAAGGUGUUUUAUUGAACUGACCUUCAAGUUGAAUCUGAUUCAUUUUGUCCUGUUCAGUUUCUGGGACAAGUGUUGGUAAAGUGUCCAGUAAAGACGGACAAAUGUCAGGACCAGAAAACAUCAUUCUGAGGACCUUAAAUUUCCAGUCAGGUUAUGAAUAUUGUUUUGACUGUUAUUCUGCAACAGAGGGAUGUGGUAUUUUUACGGUUCUCAGGAUGUGUCUCACUUCAUCAAACUAUUAAUUCAUCUCAGGACAUUAAAUCAAAUAUUUUAGCUUUUCUAUUUAGGGACACAACACAAUCCUUAUUUCAAUACACUUUUAUACACUGUUUCGUUUCAUUUAAAAACCAAUUACCAUUGGCACCAAUAAUAUCGAUCUACAGAACUGUAUUUUUGGUAUUUCAUUUUAACUCACAUUCCAAGUGAGGGGGCAUAAUUUUGACUCCAUUUGUGAAAGGACAGCAGCAUUAAAUAGUUUUUAAUCAGUGGUUUAUUUAUUUUGCAGGUUUAAAGUAUAAAAUAUUCUCGGGACUGGACCUGAGCAGAGUCUAAGUGUGUGUAAUGGAGAAAGACUGACAUCUGUUGGAUGUGUGGCAGGAUAUUUUCUGAAUUUCUUGCACAACACAGAAGUGCAUUUUCAUUAUUUAAUCACGGAUGCUUUUGUGCAAAAUAAAAUGUGAUGUUGCUUUUCAUGGUG